GUCACACACCGCCUCCUCUUCCAGCACAGCAGUCACCCGCAGCACCCGCAGCACCAUGAAGCUCCUGAUCGCCGCCGUGCUGCUCCUGGCCGUGGCCAUCCAGGCCCAGCAGCCCAGUCCCAUCGUCAUCCGCAUCCUCAGGCAGCAGCACCAGCAGGACCCGUCUGGCAUCUACAGCUUCAGCUUCGAGACGGAGAACGGCAUCCAGGUGCAGGAGGAGGGCACCGUCAUCCGUCCCGGCACCAACGACGAGUCCACGGCCAAGCAGGGCAGCUUCGCCUACACCGCCCCCGACGGCACCCCCAUCGCCCUGAGCUACGUGGCCGACGACAACGGCUUCCGUGCCUCCGGCGCCCACCUGCCCACCCCUCCCCCCAUCCCCGCCGAGAUCCUCGCCUCCCUGCAGGAAGACGCACGCUCCGGCGCCCAGUACGACGAGCAGGGAUUCCUGCUCAACAAGAAGUAGAGAGCCAUCCGCAGCCAUCCCUGCCAGUCCCCGCCUCCAAACUGUGAUAUACUUUAAGCC